UGCACUAUCGCCCACUAGUGCAACACUCAGACAGUGUACUGUGUUUCCAUGGCUACGGUGUAGUGCAAAUUUUAUGCACGAAGUGGGAUUUUGCUACACCGUCUCAAAGAGAUCGUGUAGAACCAGUGUGACAUUUAAAAUUUGAAAAUAAAAGUCAAGCGGGAACAGAGUUUUAGCAUAAUAAUGAUACAGUGUACACCAUGGUAUGCACCACUCUAGUGUAGUGUAACAGGCACUGUAACUGAGUGUAGCGCUUACACGCAACUGGUGCGGCGUGAGACUGCACCUAGUGUAUCUCAAGAGAAAACGCUAUUAGACCAGGGGGUUGAUUCUGUAUCUUCAAUCAAGGUGAAAAUUACAAAAGUACAGAAUCGAUCCCAGACUUUACAUCGUCAGUCAUUAGAAGUAUUGGGUAGUUGGUUUCAUCAACUUUUUGGCGAACAGUAUGAAAUUACAACUGUUAAACCUGCCAAACUAUUUUAUGGAACAUGGGAGAUAAAGAGCAUCAUGUUCACUUUAGCGGUGGAAGUGGAUGUGGAAAAGAUAACAAUAUUAUGAUACAGCCACAGCGACAUGGUCAUAUAGAUGCUCAUUUAGGGUUCUUGCAACUGUAUCACAGAUAUCAUGUAGAAUUUUCAGUACCAUGGAACACAUGUAUUCAUCCAGACGAAAAGACAGUAGCUCCGGCAGUAAUUGCAGGAAGUCACAAUGCAAAUUGUCAUAUUGUUGAUUUUGCACAAGAAAAAGAUGGCUUAAGGUUAAAAGUUGAGCUAUUGGCAUAUAAGGAGAAAAUAUUAAAAGAGGAUGUUGAAGUGAUGUGUUGUCCAUCAGGUACUCCAUUAAAAAUUGUACUGAAUGCACGUGUGUUAGCUAAAGAUAAGGGUACACCAUUGUUGAGAAACGGCAUACGCAGUAUUGCUGUAGAAGGAACCAACGAAGAUGAAAUGUCUGAAUAAUGUUGCUUAUUAUCGAGCUGUCUUUCGCUGAUAAAUAUUUAAGCAUUUAAGUGCUGAAUACUAGUUAAAAGUUCAAAUGAAUGAACAACUCAGCAUAGCCAAAAGAUCUUGUAAUCAGACUACAGCAAACGUUGCAAUUGUAAAUGGCUAAGUUCCACGAAAGAAGAUAUAUAUAUUUGCCUACUGCUCUUAAGAAUAUAUCACGCGCAAAAUGUCUGCAAAAGCAAUAAUAUCACUUAUUCUUUAUCACUUAUUAUGUACGCAUUAUGUAUUAAACAAAUUCUAUUUUAUCAUUUUAUAUCAAUCGAUAUUGAUGUUAAUUUCCAACGAAACUUCCGCUAAAUAAACAUCAGUGGCACUAAAUUACUUUUCAGUUGUGAUCAUGAAGAUCAAUUAUUUGAAUAAACUGAGACGUAAAGUCCUCCCCAGUAUUAUUGUCAACCAUCUUUGGCAUUCUCAUUAAAAUCGCAUUAAUUUACCUUAUGUAUACAGAAUGUUCAAUUGUCAUUGCCCCAGGCAAAUAUCUUAAAAAAAAUACAUAAUAUACGAA